UUAAUAGUUUCACUCUUCUCUGUUUUUCUUCCUUUCAAAACCCAAUUGCCAACUCCCUCUUCUUUCUUUCUCUCUUUUCAAUCGGAUGUUGAAACCAAAUUGAAAGUUCGUCCUCUGUUCUUGUCACAAAUUUGUAGAGAUACCCCAAGUUUGAUUUAAUUUAGUUGGAUUUUGUUUUUUUGUUUUUUGUUUUUUGUUUUUUGUUUUUUUUUUCCUUUUCCAUUUUAAGAUGGAAAAUGGAAGUGUGAGAAUUAAAAGAGCAGAGAUUGAUACGAGAAAGCCAUUUCGUUCAGUAAAAGAAGCCGUUACGUUGUUCGGUGACAAAGUUUUGGCCGGAGAACUUUAUAGCAACAGGAUUAAACAGAUGCAUGGGAACGAUGAGCAACGUAAAGAAAGAAAUGGGGAAAGCCAAUUGAAGCUAGGAAAUGUUGCAGCUGAAUUAGAAGAAACAAAGCAAAGCCUUUCAAAAGCCAAAGAAGAAAGCAUGGUAAUGGCUCAUUGCCUUUCAUCUCUCCAAGAAGAGCUUGAGAAGACCAAAAAAGAGCUUCAACUCUUAAAGGAACGAGAAUUAUCUUCAUUUUUGGACAACCAUCAAUCCGAAGAUGUAAAACUUCCUGUAGAGCCUGAUUCUAUGGAAUUUCAAAAGAAACGUUAUGUCACUUUUGCCAACCCUCCUGUUGCCGUCGCUCACCUCGCCAUUCCACCCCCCGCCGCCGUCGAGAAAUUGGACAGGCUCUCCUCUCUUAGAAGGGAGAAGAAUAAGAUCAAGAAGACAUUAAUCCCUCUCAUUUCCGGCAUAUUUUCGAAGAAAAAAGGAAAUUAGAGACACCCACUGGCUCUUUCUAAGAAAAUAAUUGAAUUCAGACUCUUUGACAGCGAAUGAAUUAUGAGAUUGGUCAUGUAAUAAUAAAUUCCAUGCAUAUAUAUAAACUUCCUUUUUUUUCAUUCA